UUCAUGUACAGAGAGCCUACAAUUAAAAUAUAUGACAUGUUUUUGACUUUAUAUGCAGAUAUAGUUUAUUUGCAUCUGACUGCUGAUCUGCUUGUCUGAGUUAUUAUUAUUUUUGCUAUAACAAAAAACAACAAAUAUAGCCGUGCAGUCACGCAACACGAGUAUUUUUUUUAAGUCCACGAAUGCUCUCAAUGUGUCACCAGGGCGAAACAUAAAAGAUGACAAGGGAACUAAAAGUAGUUUUGGCCUUUUACAAGAUUCCUGAUCGAUUUGAAAAAGUCCUACAAUACAAACAUAACACCACACUGCCACCCAGCGACGAUAUGAGGUAUUACACCUACAUUAAAAAUCCGUAAAUAUACAGCUAGUCUUAACUGGAGCUUGAUAAUAUUGAUAAAAAAUUAAUGUUGUUAAUAUUAGGCACUAGAGAACACGUGUAAGUAAAAUAUGUGGAUGCAGAAAGGGUAAACUUUUAGUUUUGACUGAGCGACAACAAGCGGAUGUGACGUCAGUGUCCGACCCCCAAAAACAACCGGAGUUGAAUUUCUUCUGUUAUGAAAACUGAAUGAAGUGUUGAAUAACUGCGGCUUGCGUCGCGUUAUGCAAGACCAUGUGGAGCGUUUGCGGCCGCCUGUGUUAGUUUCGUCUAACAAAUCUACAGGAAUUAUUUCAUUUGAAAAAAAGAUUGAAAGCAUCAUGGCAAAGCGGAGAAAGUGUGCAGAGGCAGCCGAAGAAGAAUCCGAUACAAAGAAACUAAAGCGGGCGGUGAAAGGAGAAAGUAGAGGAGCAAAGAAAAGAGAGAAGAAGAAAGAUACAGUUAAUGAUGAUACAGAGGAGAAACUUGAGAGGAAGGUCCACCCCAAACCACGUUUUUCCUCAAAACGAGCAGCCAAGAGUUCUUCCAGCGCCAACGUCGGCACUGAUGUGAAAACCAGUAAAUACUUUGCGUCUCCGUUGAAGGAGGAGGUUGAUAGUGAGGAUGACUUCAACAUGGUGACCUCUGCACCACCUGUGGUUAACGUGAGCGCCAAGGAACUGGCGAGAGAAGAAGAGAAAGAGGAGGAUGACAGUGAGGAUGGAGAUGACUGGGAGGAAGUGGAAGAGUUGGCUGAACCUCUUGGUCCAGUCGACCCACCUGAGCCGGUCCUGCCCUCUCAGCCCUUAGAGAUCGAGAUAGAGACGGCAGAAGCCAGAAAGCAGAAAAAGAGGCAGGCAGAGGUGGAUACAUACCUCCGGCGAAUGAUGAAGAGGUUUAAAAAGGACCUGCUGAUCGACACACACAAGGUCCACAUCUUGUGCCUCGUAGCCAACGGGAUGUUUCGCAACCGUCUGUGCAGCCAACCGGACCUCCUGGCCAUCACCCUGUCCCUGCUGCCGUCCCACUUUUGCGCAGUCGCCAAGGAACGCAUCGACCAAAACUACCUCUCUGGACUGCUUAAAUGGUUUAAAGCAACGUUUACCCUCAACCCCAGUCUUUCCUGUGAGGAACGUCUGGACCCUCAGGCUCUCCUGGAGAGGCGGCUGGCCUCCCUCUCCGCCAAAGACCACCAAGAAAUGACGCAUAUUUUUCUUUUAAUUCUGAGGUCUUUGCAGCUUUUCUGCCGAUUGGUUCUUUCAUUACAGCCAGUUCCGUUCAAACCACCUUCAGCCAAGUGCAAAGGAGCCAGAAAAUCAACCUCGGCUCCAGAACGGUGUCAAAGUCAGGAGACGUCCAAGACCAACUCUGCAGAGCCGAAAGCCUCUCGGAGCACAAAGAGACCACCAGGAGGAGGGAAAACAAAAAGCAGCACUGUAGGCAAAGGAAGGGGGAAAGAAACUGAGGAGGAGAAAGAGGAGAAGCCCGUGUCUUCAGGAGGACAGAGACCCAAAAAUUCAAAACGCCGCAGUGUUGCUUCAAAGGUCAGCUACAAGGAGGAUAGCAACAGUGAAGGGGAGGGUGACGAUGAGGAGCUUAGUGAUGCGGAGGAGUUUCAGGCAACCAGUGAGGGUGACAGUGAGGAUUCAGAGAGCGAGGCAGAAUCUUCAAAAAGGAAGACGGGGAAAGCAAAGAGGAAGGCCAGAUCAACAAACAACAAAAAUGCGACAACUCCAAAAAGAAGAAGCGGUGGGAAAAAACGGAAAAGCUCUGAGGACGACAGUGAGUUGGAGGAAAGUAAAGGAGAUGAUGAAGAUGAAGGUGUAGCAUGCAACAAAAGCAAAAGACAGAGUGGGAGAAGCAAAGAGGGGCCUGGAGCAGACGAGUGGAUCGAGGUGUACGUCAACAAAACGUCUUCCUGGGUUUGUGUAGAUGUGCAACAAGGAGUGGGCGUGCCUCACCUCUGCUCCCAGAAUGCAACAGCACCACUGACGUACGUGGUGGCCGUGGACGGAAACGGGUUUCUAAAGGACCUGGGAAGAAAAUAUGACCCCACCUGGAUGACGUCAUCCAGGAAGAGGCGGGUGGAUGACGAAUGGUGGGAAGAAACGCUCCAACCGUUCUUGGGCCCUGAGGAUGAGAGAGACAAAAAGGAGGAGAAGGAGAGAUUGUGUGCACACCCUCCACUCCAGAGAAUUGUGGCUUAAAGAAGCACGAACUGUCCGAAUCGGAGAGGAGCCAUUCAAGAUGGUGAAGGGCUUCUCCAAUCGUUCAAGAAAGGCCAGGAUGAUGUCUGAGACAAAGGAUGAGAAGGACCUUCCUCUGUUUGGAGAAUGGCAAACUGAGGAGUACCAGCCACCCAUAGCUGUGGACGGGAAGGUUCCUCGUAAUGAAUACGGUAACGUCUACCUUUUUAAAGCCUGCAUGAUCCCAGUGGGCUGUGUUCAUGUCAGACUGCCUAACCUGCACCGUGUGGCCCGGAAGUUGAACCUCGAUGCUGUACCUGCAGUUACAGGCUUCGACUACCAUGGAGGAUAUUCACACGCUGUAACUGAUGGUUACAUCGUGUGUGAAGAAGAUGAGGAGAUUCUCAGAGCUGCCUGGGUGGAAGAACAGGAGAUUCAGAAACAGAAACAGAAGGAGAAAAAGGAAAAGCGUGCCAUCGGCAACUGGGCUCUGCUGGUGAAGGGACUCUUGAUUAAAGAGAGGCUUAAAAAGCGUUACAACAAGAAGCCCCAGGGGUUGGGGAACCUUGCCCAUGAAGAUGAUGCUGGGGGUUUUUCGUCUGACGAGGAGGUGGUUGAAGGUGACGCUUCCGGAGCGAAGACGGCAUCUGAGACCCUGGCAAUGUCUUGGCCCCAAAACAGACAAGCUGAAGAGGAAGACAGGAGCGGAAGCAGAAGCAAGAGGAAGACAACGAGACGAGGGAAGAAGAGUCAGGAGAAACAUUUAUUCCCCUUUGAGAAAGUUUAAUGUUGGACAAAAAAGUUGUGUUUUGGUCGAUGCUGUCAACAACGCACUUGUUUGUGAUUUUUACUUUGAAAAAUGUUCAAACGUUUAAUAGAAGGAAGCUGUUUCUCAGGAGAGGACUCAAUAGACUUGAUGGAUGGAUGGAUGGAUGGAUGGAUGGAUGGAUGGAUGGAUGGAUGGAUGGAUGGAUGGUCAGAAGAGAUAAAUCCUGUAGCCAGCAUCUAUGCAGCUUUGCGGUAAAGAAAACAAACACAACAUGAAUGUUUUAUAGAAAGUAUUCGGUUUCAUUUAUAUGGACACUAAUAAGCAAUAUCACUUAUUUUACUUUAUUUCAGAAAUUAAGCAUUGUUUUUUCUCAACGAUUCUGAAAACAAAACAUUAAAUGCAUUUACAGUGUGUCAGAUUGGCUGAAACUAAAUGAGAAGAACAGAAAAUAUGAUGCGUCUAUUAAUAACUAAUGGUAAUUUACUGUCUUUUGUCGGUUUUUGAAUGACCACUGUGAGCGUUUGAGGUGAUGUAAAUGGUUUUGGGUGUGAUUUGGUUUUAUGCGAUGAUAAAUUUCUGUGGAUCAUUCUUUUGAGGAUGCGGCAAUAAGUUUGUAACUCCAUAUUCAGUUUAAGCUUUUCACCAAUUUUUAAUUUUUUAAAAUAUUGGUGUUUGACUUCUACACGUUUUUUCAAUAAUAACUUGCAAAACAUUUAUCACUGUUCUAAUUUUGUUGCUUUAUGUUUUGUACACAGGUGAUGGUGGAUACAGUCAAAAAUAAUCAACAUGUUUUGUAUGAAAAGUAUUUUUGUAAAAAAGAUUAGAAGUAAAAUAUAAAACCAUA